AUGGGAUUCACUCAGUCAGCCAAUCUGCUGUCAUACCAGCGAGUUCACACUGAUGACAGACCUUUUAAAUGCAUAGACUGUGGGAAGUGCUUUAAAAGUUCUGGUGAACUGAUGUCCCAUCAACGUGUUCACACUGAUGAGAGACCAUUCAGUUGCUUGCACUGUGAGAUUGGGUUCAGGCAAUUGUCUCAGCUCACUGAACACCAGCGAAUUCACACUGGGGAGAGGCCAUUCACCUGCUCUGAGUGUGGGAAGGGAUUUACUCAGUCAUCCCAUCUGCAGACACACCAUUGGGUUCACAGUGUGGAGAGACCAUUCACCUGUUUCGUAUGUGGGAAGAGAUUCACUCGGUCAUCCACGCUGAUGACUCAUCAGCGCAGUCACACUGGGGAGAGGCUGUUCACCUGCCCUGAGUGUGGGAAGGGAUUCAGUCGGUCAUCCAACCUGUUGCAACACCAGAGAGCUCACACUGGGGAAAGGCCAUUCACCUGCUCCCAGUGUGGGAAGGGAUUCACUCAGUCAUCCCACUUAGUGAGACACCAGCGAGUUCAUAGUGGGGAGAGGCUGUUUACCUGCCCCGAGUGUGGGAAGGGAUUCACUCGAUCAUCAGGGCUGCUGACGCACCAGCGAGUUCACACUGGGGAGAGGCCGUUCACCUGCUCCCAGUGUGGAAAGGGAUUUGCUCAGUCAUCCAACCUGCUGACACACCAGCGAGCUCACACUGAUGAGAGACCUUUUAAAUGCCCAGACUGUGGAAAGUGCUAUAACAGGCGAUCAGAACUCACUGUAAAUCAGCGAGUUCACACUGGGGAGAGGCCGUUCACCUGCUCCGAGUGUGGAAAGGGAUUCACUCAGUCAUCCGCACUGCUGACACACCAGCGAGUUCACACUGGGGAAAGACCGUUCACCUGCUCCAAGUGUGGGAAGGGAUUCACAGAUCCAUCCACCCUGCUGAAGCACCAGAGUGUUCACACUGAUGAGAGACCUUUUAAAUGCCCAGACUGC